AUGAAGGAGGCGGCAGUUGUGGCUUGCUUGCUGGCUGAGCUGUCUCUAGCUGCUUUGGUCCUGGCCUCCGAGGGGGCCGCUCACUGCCCCGCGUUGUGUCGAUGCGAGAUCCGACCCUGGUUCUCGCCCAGCUCCAUGUACACCGAGGCCGCCACUGUGGACUGUAAUGACUUGGGGCUCUCGGCGCUGCCAGAGAGACUCCCUUCAGAGACGCAGGUGCUGCUGCUACAGACGAACAACAUCGUUAAUGUGGAGAAAACUUUGGAUUACUUGGCCAACAUUACUGAAAUCGACUUGUCUCAGAAUAACAUUUCCUCUGUGAGCGAUGUUUGUCUGGGGUCCCUCCCCCAGCUGCUGUCGCUCCACAUGGAGGAGAACUGGAUUCAGGAGCUUUCUGACGGCUGCCUCGCUUCCCUGCCCAACCUCCAGGAGUUCUACAUCAACCACAACCUGAUUUCCUCCAUCGGUGCGGGGGCCUUCCAGGGCCUGGGCCGGCUGCUGAGGCUCCAUCUCAACUCCAACCGACUCACAAGCGUCAACAGCCAGUGGUUCCAGCAGCUUCCCAACCUGGAGAUACUGAUGCUGGGAGAAAACCCCAUCCUGGAGCUGUCGGACAUGAACUUUAAACCUCUGGCUAACCUCAGGAGCCUCGUGCUCGCCAGGAUGAAUUUGACUGAAAUCCCCGACAAUACUCUGGUUGGUCUCGAGAGCUUGGAGAGCAUCUCGUUUUUUGACAACCUGUUUAAUCGAGUCCCCCGAGCAGCGCUGACGAGAGUCCAGAACCUGAAGUUCCUGGACUUGAAUAAGAACCCCAUCGAGAGGAUCCAGAGAGGCGACUUCAUGGAUAUGAUGCAUCUGAAGGAGCUGGGCAUCAACAGCAUGCCGGAGCUCAUAUCCAUCGACAGCUUUGCCCUGAACAACCUGCCCGAGCUGACAAAAAUCGAGGCCACCAACAACCCCAGGUUGUCCUACAUCCACCCGAGGGCCUUCCACAAGCUCCCCAGGCUGGAGACCCUGAUGCUGAACAGCAACGCUCUGAGCGCGCUCCACCACAGCACCGUGGAGUCCCUGCCCAACCUGCGAGAGGUCAGUCUGCACAGCAACCCCAUCCGCUGCGACUGCGUCAUCCGCUGGGUCAACAUGAACAGGACGGCCGUCCGGUUCAUGGAGCCGGACUCCCUGUUCUGCGUGGAGCCUCCGGAGUACCAAGGCCGGCACGUCCGACAGGUGCACUUCAGGGAAAUGACGGAGAUCUGCCUUCCUCUGAUCUCACCUGCGAGCCUCCCAGAGCGGGUGGAGGUCGGCAAAGGGAGCUCGGUGUCGCUGCACUGCCGGGCGUUCGGAGAACCGGAGCCCGAGAUUUACUGGGUGACGCCGUCCGGUGACCGGGUCUUACCCGGAAGUGUGUCCGAUAAAUUCUACAUGCACCACGAGGGAACGUUCGACAUCUACGACGCCUCGGAGCAGGAAGCCGGCUCGUACACCUGCGUCGCCCAUAAUCUUGUCGGGGCAGAUCUCAAGUCUGUGACGGUUGCGGUGGACGGAUACCUCGCACAGCCUUCAAACCAACCUUUGCACGUGUAUAUCACAUCUGUCCAGGCUCAUUCUGUAAUGGUUUCCUGGGAGAGCACAGGUGGUUUGGUUUCACAACUCAAUUGGUCCAUUUUAGCCGAGGGCAGCAGCCUCUUGAUGCCAUUCAGAGCCAGGCUUCCUGCUGAUGUCAGAGAGUUCCACAUCAAACAGCUGAUCCCAUACACUCACUACCAGGUCUGUGUGGAGGUCGCAGUCGCCGCACCACGGCCUGGAUACAGCAGGGACUGUGUUAACGUUACCACAAAGGAGGCCGCCGUCCCGAGGGAGGAAGCUGAGAACUGGGACGGUCUGGUGAUGGCUUCCUGUGCCGUGUUUUUUGUUGUGGUUGCCGUGUCUUGCUCCGUCAUCUAUACAUCUCUCUACAGCCAAGUGUUUUACAGGAAACUGAUAGCGGAUUCGGCUGAAACGCUGCUGAUUCCCAGCACUCACUCCUCCUCCUCCUCCUCCUCUUCUUCUUCUUUCCUGGAAUUUGGUGUGUCUGGGGUCAAGGUGAGGGCGACUGUAAUAGACUUACCGGACGACUCCAUGUAAGAAACGUCCUUGUCUGUAAAAGCACUUUGGGAUUAUGUGAAGAUGAAGGGUGACGGACACGGGACGAUGUAAUUUACGUGCCCUCUUUUCGCCACUUUCAACGGGACGUUUUGCACUGGAACUCCUGAACAACAAACACACAAUUUACAUUUACCGGCUGAAAGCAGAGACUUCUUUCUUUUGUAUUUCAAACUUGUGUCAUUAUAACAAGCUUAAAUCAGUCAGAUAUCUUGACUAUAAUCUACACGGCUACUGGUCAUUCAUGCAGUGCAGCCAGAGUAAAGCACAGCACAGGAACUACUCUGUCUUAAAUACCUUGUUGAGACGGCUUUGAUGUCUGCAAAAAAGCAUUUUCUUUGCUGUGUUACAUUAAAUGGUGCCAAGCGAAGAUAGUUUAUAACGGCAGAAAAAAAAACCUUGUUAGUCUAGUGUACAA